AUGCUGACUUCAUUGAAAAUUAAACAACGGGUGACUUGUGACUUUUCAAAAUUCUGCCACUACACUUCAACUGAGAUGUCGGGUAACGAUAAUAUAGAUGAGGCGCAUGCUCUGUCUGAAUCAGAAGCUCAGGAUGUCCAGCACUUAAGGGAAAUCGCUGGUGGAAUAGGUUACUUGGAUGCACUAAAGCUUUUGGAGGAAAGCUCUUGGAACUUAGAGCGUGCUGUGCAUAAAUUAAUGGGAUUUGAAGACUCUGGUUUAAGACAACGAAGUACUGCUUCACGUAUUUCGUCCGUACCACAGGUUGAGUUAAUUCCUCCUAAUCAGCGGAUACUGAGGUCAAGAAAUAGCACUCAUAGUUGGUGGUGGUCUACUGCUUUGUUUUUAUUUGAACCUUUUCGAUUGGGUUGUAGCUUGCUCUUUGGAAUCGUGAAGUUUUUCACUUCAUUCCUUUGGUCUGAUCCUCGAAAUCAGGUCACAGAUCCUGUCGGUGAUGUAAGAAAUUUUAUCCAGCACUUCAAAGAAACCUACGGAUCUGUGAAUACUAGUUUUGACGUUGAUGGUAAUUCAAAUCCAACUGAAAGUUCUACUUCUGAUUCAUUUCCACCUUUCUUCGAGGGAACUUAUGCUGAUGCUGUUCAAGAAGCUAAACAAAGUUUACGAUUUCUGAUUGUUUAUUUACAUGGAGAUUCACAUGAAGAUACUCAUCGGUUUUGCAAAGAUAUUCUUCAGUCGGAAGAUGUUUUACGGUUUCUUAGAAAUUCCAAUGAAUUACUAUUUUGGGGUUGUAAUAUUGAAUCUCCUGAAGGUUAUCGUGUAUCACGAACUCUUCGAGAGCAUACCUAUCCGUUCAUUGGAGUUAUUGGCUUGACUAAUAUACCAAUUUCGGAAAGUGGGGUCUAUUCCGGAAGUAGUACACGAAUGGCGUUACUAGGGCGUAUAGAAGGUGUACUGGAACCAUCAGAACUUGUUGAUCAGUUGAAUAGUAUACUGAAUGAACAUCAAACAGCUAUAAUAACAGCUCGAUUAGACCGGAGUGAACGAGAAAUGAAUGCUCAAUUGAGGCGUGAGCAAGACUUAGCUUAUGAGGCAUCACUUGCUGAGGAUCGAGCUAAAGUGGCUGCUCGAGAGGCACAGCAACGAAGUGCUGCCUUAGUAGCGGAACAGCUAGCCAAGGAUGCAAAACGAAAGGAGGAUCUAAAAAAAGCUCACAUUAAUCGCAAGCGUAUAUGGCAAAGUAGAUUACCACCACCACCUAAGUUUGAAGAGGGGUCUACAGUACAGCUAUCAUUCAAAAUGCCACGUGGUUCCAGAGUUUCUCGCGUCUUCAACUUGAACGAUUCUAUCAAGCUGCUCUACUAUUUUGUAUUAUCUCAGGAUGAUUCACCAACAGAAUUCGAGGUGCAAUCCAAUUUUCCUAAACGUAUUAUACCAUGUCAACCAUUCGAAGAAUCUGAUGUGGAAGAUUACAUAGAUACUCCUGACAAUAAGAUGGAUUGUGAUGAACCUGAAGUGAUUACAGACUGGUCCCGUAAAUGUCAGAAUGAUCCACCAUCAUUUUUUGAUAUUGAUUUGACAAGGCCAGAAAUGUUGUUUGUUCUCAACAAAGAUGCAUGAUAUGAAGUUUUGAGCUUCCUACCCUUCCAACACCAAUGUAGCUAUUUCUUUAUGGAUAAAGCUGUUCCAUUGUUAAAUAAGUUCAUGUAUUAUGUUUUUGAUGUAGUAUUAUGUCCUCCAAGUACGUACAAUAAUAAUAGUAAUAUUAUUAUUAUAAAUGACUUGAACAGUCAGGAUUUCAUUUCCUUAUUCAGUUAUUCAAAUGUAUUUUUCUCCGAUUAUUUUAUUC